AAGCGGGCUUCCGUAGAGCCGCUGUAAACAUGGCCGCCUCCAUGUGCUAACGUGAGAGCAAAACCCUGGAGCUGACAGCAACAGGAGGGCAAACAGGCACCAGAGAUUAGUCCCGCGUUGCUUUUCCAAUGAAGCUACAGAUUAAGUAGAAAAGCCGAGCUCGCGUAAAGAAGCUGUCAAAGACAUAUCUUUUCAGAUGGUGUAACCUUAUGCUCGUUCGGAUAGCCCGCCUUUUCCCAAUCUUCAGUUCCCACCAUCUGCAUCCUUUCAGCGCUUCUGGUGCCCCUCAGACCUUUCUGCGGCGCCUUGGCAGUGCUGCUGCCGUUACAAGCAGGAAACCGAGAUCCAUGGACCCCGAGGUCCCCACCGCCGACCCUCAACCCCCACCCGCUGCAGACAACGUGAGCGCGGCGGCCGCCGAUGGGAACGGCGCCCAGGAGAAGACGACUUCUGCGGAGCUGCUCCCUGGAGAGACGGUGGUGAAGGAGGGGAAGGCGGCCAUCUUGUUUCCCAACGCCAAUGAGGUGUUUUACAACCCGGUCCAGGAGUUUAACAGAGAUUUAACAUGUGCUGUGAUCACAGAGUUUGCCAGAGAUCAGCUGGCUCAGCGCGGGGUGAAGGUGGUGGUGCCGGGUGAAAAAGAGCGGGUGGUUGUCUCUCUGUCGGAGGACGCCAACGAAGCGGAGGAGAAAAACGGAGCGGAGGAGCCGCCUGUAACUGCAGAAAUAGGGGAGAAGUGUGAGCUUGGCCUUCGAGUCCUGGAGGGCCUGGCAGCGUCUGGUUUGCGCUCGGUGCGUUUCGCCCUGGAAGUCCCGGGCCUGCGGAGCGUCACCGCCAACGACUUCUCCACCAAGGCGGCGGCUCUGAUCGCCAGGAACGCCCAGUACAACGGAGUCAGCCACCUGGUCCAGGCCAGCUGCAGGGACGCCAGCAUGCUGAUGUACGAGAUGCGAGGGAAGAAGGAGCGCUAUGAUGUCAUUGAUCUGGAUCCCUACGGUAGCCCCGCCUCUUUCCUGGAUGCCGCCGUGCAGGCUGUCAGUGAAGGAGGUCUGUUGUGUAUAACGUGUACAGACAUGGCCGUGUUGGCAGGAAACAACGGAGAGACCUGCUACAGCAAAUACGGCUCCGUCUCCAUCAAAGCCAAAUAUUGCCACGAGAUGGCUCUUCGUAUCAUCCUCCACAGUCUGGACCAGCGGGCCGGCGUGUACCAGCGCUACAUCCAGCCCCUGCUCUGCGUCAGCGUCGACUUUUACAUUCGGGUCUUCGUGCGCGUCUUCACGGGACAGGCAAUGGUCAAGAACUCCGCCAGUAAACAGGCUCUGGUCUACAACUGUGUCGGAUGUGGGUCUUUCCACUUGCAGAGAAUGGGCAGGAGAACCGCCAACGGAAAACAUAUGAAGUAUUCUGCUGCCACCGGACCCCCUGUUGGACCAGAGUGUGAGCACUGUGGACAGAGACAUCAGCUGGGUGGUCCCAUCUGGGCCGAGCCGAUCCACGACAUGAAGUUCGUCCAGAACGUUUUGUCUUCGGUGUCGGGAAACCCCACCAGAUUUGGGACGUCCAAACGGAUUGAGGGAAUGCUCAGCAUGGUGACUGAGGAGUUGGAAGACGUGCCUCUUUAUUACACCGUGGACAAUCUGAGCAGCACGAUACACACCAAUACUCCACCCCUGCUCCAGUUUAGGUCUGCUCUCCUUCAUGCUGGUCACCAGGUUUCCCUCUCGCACGCCUGUAAGAACGCCGUCAAGACAGACGCUCCUCCUGCGGCCAUCUGGGACAUCAUGCGAUGCUGGGAGAAGGAAAACCCAGUGAAGAGGGAGAAAUUGUCUCCGACGAGUCCCGCGUCUAAGAUCCUCUCCACCGAGCCCAGCCUCGAGGCCUGUUUCACUGUGAGGGAGGACGCCAACCCUCAGUCACGUAAACGUCACCUGACUCGUUUCCAGGAGAAUCCCCAGGCCUUCUGGGGACCCAAAGCUCGAGCCAAAGCCAGCGGCGGCAUCGCAACUAAUCUGCAAGACAAGAGGAAGAAGUUCCAGAACAAGAGGAAGCACCAGAUCACAGACUCUUCUCAGCUGAAGAACUUCCCCUGCAAGAAGUUCAAACAGGGAACGUGUAAGCAUGGAGACAAGUGCUGCUACUCCCACGACCUGGAGCACACACAAGAAGAGAAAAUGGAGUAAUUCCAUCUCACUGGGUUUUAGUUUUUAUUUUAGAGUUUCAUCCUUGGAUUAUGUUCAAAAGACGCGGCGCAGUUUUUUUUUUGUUUUGGUUGAGGAACCUAAAAACCGAAGAUAAUUGUAUAUAAAAUGGAGCUUUUUAUGCCAUCUUUGUUUUUUUUCCUUGAACUGUUGUCAGCUGGUAGAACAUACCAAUAAAGUCUUUACUUUGACUUUAAA